AUGAGAGCAAGGCAGCUGGUGUGUGGAAUCUGGAGUCUGUGUUUCACGUUCUGCCUCUUUUGCAUCUUUCUUCACCAAACGACAGCUAAAAGAAAACUGAAGUUUGUGUCUGUAGUAUUUCGCCAUGGUGAUCAUACUCCACAGGAGUUUUUUCCAACUGAUAAGCACAAAGAAGCUGGAAGGCAGCAAGGAUAUGGACAGCUUACCAAGCUUGGCAUACAGCAACAGUACGAGCUUGGCCAGUACAUGCGGAGGAGAUACUCUUAUUUCCUGAGCGUUGUAUACAAGCAGUGUGAGAUUUAUGUUCAAAGCACUGAUUGUGAUUACACACUUACGAGUGCUCAGGCAAGUCUUGCCGGGCUGUACCCACCAACACAGGACCAGAUCUGGAACCCUGGAAUCCUUUGGCAGCCAAUUCCAGUUCAUACAGUGCCACUGUCACAUGACAGGUUGCUAUACUUCCCUUUCUCACACUGUCCAAAGUACAACGAGCUUCUGAGAGAAACCUUUGCAACAAGGGAUUUCCAAAGGCAACUCAAGCAGUACAGGCCAUUUCUGAAGUUUUUAGCCACUCAUACAGGAUACCCAUUGAAGAAGCUGAACACUGAAAGAAUUUGGAAGCUCUCUGACACUUUACAACAUGAGGAUAUUAACAAUUACACUGUACCUGUUUGGGCUACUCAUGGUGUCAGGACCAAGCUAACAAAGCUCUCGGAAUUGUUGCUGCACGCGGAAUUUGGGUUCCACAAACAAAUACAGAAAUCACGUUUGCAGGGAGGUAUUCUGUUAAAAACUAUUCUAAAGCAUAUCUCAGAUGCUAGAAAGCCUUCACACCAGCAAAAAAUGGUUAUGUAUUCUGCGCAUGCAGCCACCAUUGCUGCCUUACAGACAGCACUCAAUGUCUUCAAUGGGAAACUGCCUCCUUACAGUGCCUGUCACUUUUUUGAACUUUACCAGGAAAAAAACGGGCAAUACACCAUAGAAAUGUACUAUCGGAAUAAUACUCAGAGAGAUCCUCACCCCCUCACUCUCCCUGGCUGCAAAUUUCGCUGUCCACUGGAGAGAUUCACUCAGUUGGUCACCCCAGUCCUGGUACACUACUGGACAAGAGAAUGUAGGAGUAGGACAUAAAAUGAGGUGAGUUAAGUGCUUUGGGGACAUGUAGCCAAAUGUAAAGUCAGGAUUACAUCUUCUGCCAAGAGCUCACUUGAGGUAACAAGCAUUUUCAUAGGGGUCUGGUAUGAAAUUAAAAAUAUGCAGGUCCAGUAAGACAGAAUUGUACCCACUGGCCAUAAUUUCUACUCCAUUGACACAUUUAUCUACUCCAGCCCAUCUUUCUGGUGAAAUAGAAGCUGAUAAACAACAUUAUGCAUUCCCUUGAUUGUAGGAGACAUUCAGAGAUCAAAACAGAUGAAUACUGAAUAGCAUACCCAACCAGUACUUACCAGAAUGUCAAACAUAUACAGACACACAUUGGCAUACUAACACAUUCCCUGGUAGGUUGUCUCUAUCUCAGUAUUAGGAUGUCUGACUUUCCAUUUUGACCAGUUAUGAUAUUUACAUUUGCAGAAAGAGAGAACACGAAGAUAGAUAAUUACAUUCUCUCUCUUGUAGCUAGCUCUAUGUUCCUUAAGGGAGAUGAAAAGCAAGUAGGCUCCAGGUUUCAAAAGUGUCCCCACUUUUUUUGAUGAUCAAAUGUUCUACCUAAUGUUAUAAAACACCAUAUGGCUUUCUGAAUCACUGCUCUCAAGAAGAAUUUGAAAUGUUAGUGAU